GUUGUUUUGAAAAUCAAAAAGGGCGAAAAAUUAAUUCAUAGAGAAAUCAUUCAAAAACAAAUAAAUAAUGAACAUUAAACGUGUUAAAAGGCUCGGAAAUAAAUUAAUGACGAGCGUAAAUUAGAGUCAUGAGUGAAAGGAAAUUCGCCAAAGGUUUGAGCAAACCGGGAACUGCGGCUCAAUUAAGGGAAACUGUUUCGCAAGUAGUUAGAGAAAAUACUGUAAAUAGCAAACCCAACUUAGUAGACCCUUUGGAUUUUGAGCAGUUUUUAAUUAAACAUAAAACCGUUCUUCAAAAUGAUCCACAGAGGGAGCUGUUGCUGUAUCCACCCGAUGAUAUUUCUCAAGUCGUUCUACCGAGGCGCUGUCGUACACUAUCGCCUACCCUACCACCAGAAACUGAAAUCCACAAUUGUAACUUGUUCACUAAACAAUGUCUGAAAAAUUACUCGACCAAUUGGCAAGUGGUUCACUUUAAGUACAGUCAAUACGCGGGCAAUUACCAUGACUUACCCAACUUACCGAAUACUGGUAAUCUUGUAGAGGAACUUUAUGAAAUCGACAUCGAUGAGGAUUCAGGUGAUAUUAAAUCCCGCACCGAUAAUAUUACUAAGGAAGGGUGGUUGAUGAAAGGACCUGAAAUUGGAUCUGAAAGAGGAUUUGUAAACAUGGCAUCGAAAAGCUUUAAAAGAAGAUAUUGUUAUUUACGACAAGAGGUUGAUGGAACUUACAUAUUAGAAAUGUACAAAGAUGAGAAAAAGGGCGAAGCCAAGAUGACAAUUGUAAUGGAUUUUUGUACGGACGUAGUUAAGAAUGCUAAGAGGGGCAGAUUCUGUUUUGAGCUAAGAAUGACAGCCGGUCACAAAUCUUAUAUUUUAGCGGCAGAAAACGAGUUGGAUGCCAAGGACUGGUUGAGUAAGCUUGGUUCAGUGCUGCAACAGUAUAAGGUUCAAGAAGAAAAACGGGCCGCCUCCUUGGAAAGAGAACGUAGCACUCCGCCUCCAUCCCCUCAAACAACGUUCGGCACCCUAAAAGGUCUAGAGCAAAGCAUGAAUCCUCAACUAAUGAAAUACGCCCGCGAAACCGAAAUAAGUAUAUCGCUCUCUCGAAAAGAAUCUCGCCAAAAACUCUUUCUCUUAUUCCCUCCGCUGGCCAUGCAUUUAAAGUCACAAACUUCUAGUCAGGAUCAAAUCGAACCGUUCAGGGAAGUGUUCGGGAACAGGGUAUUUUUAAAGUGCGAAAAUAUUAGGUUAAAAUUGCAAGUGGUCGACGAUAAAGAGAAUUUAUGCCAGGUGGAACCGUACUACACGUCGUUGUGCCUCUUUGACGUUAAAACAGGAAGAAAAUUGACUGAAAGUUUCCAUUUCGAUGUAAAUAGUGAUAGUAUUCGCACAACUUUUACCGCAAACAAUAAUACGCAGUCUAGCUUAGAAAUAUUGGACAAAGUCUCAUCAGAAUGGCUGUUGUACCCUAGACAAGGGCUGUUUAAUAUUACAAAUCCUCACCCCGAUAUAUUUUUGUUUGUUAGAAUAGAAAAAGUACUACAAGGUGGCAUUAGUCAAAGUUCCGAUGCUUAUGUCAAAGCUAAUAAGGAUCCCAAAAUUGGGAUGAAGUGUUACAAGAAUAUUGCCACCUGUUGCCAAAGACUGGGAAAAUACAGGAUGCCUUUUGCUUGGACUGCCAGGCCCUUAUACAGGCUUUAUAGUAAUGAACUAGAUACAGUUUCCGAUUUCCAUGCCAUUUACAGACAGGAAAGUAGUAAAAUGUCUGACGAGGAAGUACUAAAAAUCCUGUCGGACUAUAGGAAACCUGAUAAAUUUAAUAAAUUCACUGUGAUCCCGGGUACUUUAGAAAUUAAGAUUUCCGCUUUUAGUGAUUUACCACCAAAUUGCCUAACUACCUCAAUGGCCCUGCUAAAACCCUUUCCGUUACCGCCAACCAACGAACCCACUUUUGAAAUUACCGAAUUCGAGGGCCAAUCUGAAAAAGACGUUCAUCCUUAUACAACAUUUGUAAACCAUCUUUACGUGUAUCCGUUAAGUUUAAAUUUUGAUACCCAAAAAAUAUUUACUAGAGCUAGGAAUAUUGCUUGUGUUGUAGAAGUCAGGGAUAGUGACAAUGAGGAAGCCAAGGGAAUACCUUGUAUAUAUGGUCGACCAGGCCAACCUCUUCUAGUCUCGAGCCUCACUUGCGCAGUUUUACACCACAUCACCAUACCCAGCUGGUAUGAAGAAAUAAAAAUCCGACUUCCCACCACUAUCCUUUACUCGCAUCACUUGUUGUUCACUUUCUACCACAUAUCGUGCGAUAUUACAAAGAAACGAGACAACGGAAUCGAAUCUUGUGUCGGAUAUGCAUGGUUGCCAUUAUUGCACAAAGGCAAAUUGAACGUGGAAGCGCAAAACAUACCGGUGGCGGCCAGUUUGCCUCCCGGAUAUCUGGCCGUGCAUCCUUUUGGACUUGGAAAAGGGAACGCCGGACCAGAAAUAAAUUGGGUAGACGGUCAAAAAUCCCUCUUCACUGUCGGAUUCAAUCUAUUCUCGACAGUAAACACCAAGGACCAACAUUUAUUCAACCUAUUUUUGCAAGCCGAAAGACUCUUGGAUCCGAAACCGACUUCGGUGCCUUCCGAAUCAGAAACGUGCAAAAUUCUUAAAGCCUUGCACGCCAUCCAUCUGACAACUUUAAUCACAUUUUUACCAACUUUAUUCAAUCAACUAUUCGUAUUACUAGUGGCAACGGCUAGUGAAGAAAUCGGAAUUAACAUUAUAAGAGUUAUGAUUAAUUUGGUGAAUAUGCUCUGCGAUUCGAGUAGGAAAGAUAUUUUGAAUGCUUAUGUGAAGUAUUGCUUUAUGUCUCCUGAUUCCAAGAAAACUACGACCGUUCACGAAGAGAUCAGUAAACAUUUGCCAUUGAUUUUAGAUCCAAAUAACCCAGACUUUCUUGUUAUCAACAAAUUCAUGCACCAUUCAGAUUUUUUCUUUGAAGUUAUGACCAAGAGUAUGACGCAGCAUCUGUUGAGUACCAACAGAAUAAAGAUGCAACGUCACGAACGGUUUUCUGCUGAUUAUCUGAGUCAAUUAGAAAACUUGAGCCAAGUAUUAAUUUCUUAUGUUCUAAGUAAAUACAAGGAAAUGCCUUUGGAAACUAAAGAAUUAAACAAAAAUUUAGCCAACUUUUUCAAGCGUUGCCUGUCACUAACAGAUCGAGGAUUUGUGUUCAAACUAAUCAAAUGGUACAUGGACAAGUUUAGCCCAGGCGAUCCGAGAAUUUUACAAGAAUUCAAGUUUGCAUUCCUAGAAAUUGUUUGUAAUCACGAACAUUAUGUUUCGUUUAACUUACCCAUUCAACAAUCGAAACUCAGUCCCAGAAACAAAUCCCCCGAUCCUUUGGACGAAUUAUCGUUGACUGACAACUUUUGCAAGCACCACUUUAUCGUGGCUUUACUUUUAGAAGAAGUGAAAACGUCUUUGAAUGAAGUUACUUAUAUUCGCAAAAUCGCCUUGAACAGCCUGAGGAAUUUGAUAGCCAAACACGAGCUGGACGAUCGGUAUGAGAAUAAAGGACAAAUGGGCCGGAUAGCUUUGAUUUAUCUGCCGUGGUUAUCUAUUACGAUUGAGAAUAUUAAUAGGCUGAGCUUGGAAGUGGAUCAAAACGAAGGCGGAGCAGGAGACAGUUUGAUUCACAGGAUGUCUUCGAGUAGUUCGUAUAUGUUUGGGAAAAGCUCGAACGCUACUAGCGAGUGUACGCCUAGAAGUCACAGGUUCACUUUGCAUUUGGACAAGGACAGUCCGAUGCAUUUGAGGAAUUCGGCGUUUUUUGAUGCUAUUGCUGGACAAUCUUUAGUAAACGGUCAUUCCCUAAGCAUCGAUUCAGACAUCUCUGUUGUAUCGGGCGACGAUAAAUCGACAAUCUCUCAAGACACUACAAUCGUAAGAGAAGACGCCCUCAAAAAUGGCCAUACGGAGCUACAGGCAAAGUCCCACGACCGCAGCACCUCAUCGCACAUGCCCAGAUACGACAAACUGCAAGCGCACGAAAUCAAAGACGUUCUCCUAGCGUUUAUGUUCGUCCUCAAAUACCUCAACGACGAGCAUUUGGUUAUGUGGUGGCAAUCGUUUCCAGAGUCCGAUGUUUUGAGCUUUUUUACCAUAUUAGAAUUAUGUUUGCAUUAUUUCAAGUAUGUGGGUAAGAGAAAUGUUACUGUUAUAAAGACUGCUGAUACUGAAAAUGUAAAGCAAAAAUCUAAAAAGGCUCAUACGUUGCCUGCGAGAAUGAAUCCUUCAGAAAUUAACCACGAAAAUACCAGUACUUUGGUUAUACACACAAACAGAGAAAACUUGGCCAAUUCUGAAAAUGAAGUGCACAAAAAACAACAAGCAAUCUUGGAGCAACAUCUAGCCUCUGAAGUUGGACUUAUAACUUUAGACUGUAUUGGAUUAUAUUCGAUGCACUUUAGGAAAAAACUAAUGAACGAUGGAAGUAAUAGUGAAGUAAUGAAGAAAAUAUUAGACUUGUUUCUAACUUUAAUACAAAUAGGCCAGAGCGAAACUGUUUUUAGGCAUAGUUUUGCUGCUUUGAGGGCCUUUAUUAACAACUACUCGUGUGUUUUCUUUCAAGGCAACGCAGUUCUAUGCGGAAAACUCUGCUACGAGCUUUUGAAAUGCUGCAACAGCCGAGUGUCGUCGAUAAGACAAGAAUCCUGCGCUCUCUUGUAUCUGCUGAUGCGCAGCAACUUUGAGUUCACCAAUCGCAAAGGUUUGACCAGGGUGCAUUUGCAAGUGAUUAUUUCGGUGUCGCAAAUGUUGGGGAACAUUGUCGGUUUGAACAACGCCAGGUUUCAAGAGAGUCUGUCUUUGAUUAAUAGUUACGCUUCCAGCGAUAAGGCUAUGAAAGGAUCUGGCUUUCCAACCGAAGUAAAAGACCUCACCAAACGCAUUCGCACAGUACUAAUGGCCACAGUACAAAUGAGAGAACAUCACCAAGACCCAGAAAUGCUUGUCGACUUACAGCACAGCUUGGCCAAUUCUUAUGCUUCCACUCCGGAAUUGAGACACACUUGGCUGGAAACUAUGACCAGGAAUCAUGUCAGGGAUGGCAACUAUUCAGAGGCUGCUUGUUGUCAGCUCCAUAUUGCCGCCCUAAUGGCAGAAUACUUGAAACUCAAAAACAUCCAGUCGUGGGGGGCUGAAGCUUUCGUAAACAUUUCUUCCAACAUUCCCAAAGAUGAAAAAGGCCUGAAAUUGGACACUGGCGUGCAAGACAUACAAUACACUGAAGUUAUUUUGUUGGAACAACUGGAAACUUGCGGGGAGUUUUUGGAUAAGGCCGAAAGAUACGAAGUUAUGGGUGAAUUGUUUAGAUUAGUAAUUCCGCUUUAUGAAAAAAAGAGGAAUUAUGAGCAAUUGAAAAAGUGCUAUCAGAAUUUGGCUUUGAAUUAUGAUAAAGUUAUUGAAGUUAAUCGCACAGGGAAGAGAUUGUUGGGAAGAUAUUAUAGAGUAGGGUUUUAUGGACAGUCUUAUUUUGAAGAAGAAAGUGGCAAGGAGUAUGUUUACAAAGAACCAAAAGUGACGUCUUUGAGUGAAAUUUCGGAAAGGCUGGAGCGUCAAUAUUUAGAAAAAUUUGGUCAAGAUACAGUAAAAAUGAUUCAAGAUUCCACUCCUGUAAUUCAAAGUGAUUUAGAUCCAAAAUUAGCUUAUAUACAAGUCACCCAUGUAACUCCUUAUUUUGAAAAAGGCUUGGAAGAUAGACAAACAGAAUUUGAACAAAAUCAUAAUGUCAGUACUUUCAUGUAUGAAACUCCUUUUACAAAAGACGGCAAGGCCCGUGGCAAUCCUGAGGAACAAUGGAAAAGGCGAACAAUUUUAAAAACUACGUAUUCGUUUCCUUAUGCCAAAAAGAAAAUCCCAAUCGAAUCCAGGAAAAUUCAGGAAAUGAAACCUAUAGAAGUGGCAAUAGACGAAAUGCAAAUUCGAGUGGCCGAAUUGGAAGAUGUCGUUUUUACUCUGCCGACUGACGCCAAGAAGCUGCAGUUGAGGCUUCAAGGCAGCGUUUGUGUGCAAGUUAAUGCAGGCCCGUUGGCUUAUGCCAGUGUCUUUUUGGAUCCGUCUUUGUCUAAUAUGUAUCCGGACGAUAAGGUGGAAGAGUUGAAGGAUAUUUACAGGGACUUUCUUAAAAUCUGCUACUCGGCUUUACAAAUCAACAGCAAACUAGUCGCGCAAGAUCAACAAGAGUACCAAGAAGUCCUGAGGCAAAAUUACAAAAAACUGUGUUCUUCAUUGUCAACGCUAUUUGGCGAAUCCUUGUGGCCGCACGACGAAAUGGGAAGCUUCAAGCGCAACAGCAUGGCCAUGUUUAGUCCUGUGAGCGGAGCAUCGCAAAAUUCGAGCACAGCAUAAGUCAACGUCAACUUUCUGCUGAUAAAUCAUUAUUUAGCUGUUCAACGAUGACCAUAGUGCUCUAUUUAUGUGUGUAUUUAAAGUCAAUUUGUUGUUAAGAUAUCUUUUUGUGUAUGCAUCAAAGAAAAUCAAUUCCUCAUAUAUAAAUGCCAUUUAAAUUUUAUAAUUUGUUCCUUCUAGUUUAUAACCAAACAUCUAUUCAACAAUUGCAGAUUUUUCUAGUUUAUCGGAAACAAUCAAAAAAUCCAAUAGCAUUGUUAUUUUGUAAAAUACUUAAGCCAUAUAAUAAUACAUAUUUAUCCUAUAUUAUUUGAAUGUGGUAAUUUAUAGAAUAUAGAGUUUCUUGUAAAUUGUUUUUAAAUUUUUUUUUCCAAAAAAUAACAUUGUUACACUCAUUACUUUCAUAUUUAGUUUUAGGUAUAAAUUAUUGCGACGUUAGUUUUUCUUUGGACGCUGGUUAUUUUUAAUUAUUUUUUUUUUUUUGUUUUUUUUGAUAUUCUAACUAGUGUUAUGUAAUUUAUAAGAUUUUUUUGUUCUAUUUAAAUUAUUGGACUUGUAAACGUUCUUUGCUCCGUCUCAAAAUUGAAAAAGACUUCGUGGCUUACCAGCACAAUUUUUGCUCUAAAUUUCUACUUUUAUAAGACAUCUAUUUCCUAAGACACCUAAAUUAUAGGCAAAUUUUUACUCAGGAAUUUGUUUUGUGCUUAAUUUUCUCGAAUAAUCUGGACACCACCAAAAAAAUACGCAUUUUGCUAUAAAAUUGAAUAAGUAAUGUAUCAUGUUUAACUGACAAAAAAAUUGUUUUAAUUUAUUGUGUUAUAUUUAUUGUUAAAAGUACAAACUAAAUUUGUGUUCAAGUGCAAUUAAAGCUUUUCGUCCUGAAUUAUUAUUUUUUAAUUAUUAUUCAUUAUUGUCUGUAUAUGGUUUCAAUAAAUGUUGUGCACUUUACAAAGUGACGGUUGUUUUUUUUAUUUUUGCUUUUUCUUGAAUUAUUACCCAAUUUGCAGUCCUAUAUUCAAAAUAGUCUCCGAAAAAAUUCCUUGUGAAAAUAAAUUAUGCAGGAACUUGUGAUGUCACAACCGCC